UGCGGCGGCCUGUCAUCCACGCGUCGGUGAUUCCCAGGACGCAAUCGCAGGCUCAUUUCGCGCACUUCUAUGUGACCGUGCAUAUUCUGGGAUGGUCGACAGUCGAUCAGGCUGUCCAAGUGUGACUGUGAGGCCCGGCGUAUGUUUCCGCCUUGUCCAUCGUAUCACAAGCAAACGCCAAAUCAAACUGCAUUCAUUCUGCGCCCCAGUGCAGAGCAGUCGGCCUCGUUUCCCGCUGUGUCAGUCAUCACCAUACGGCGGUGAAGAAAGGAGCUCUCCAACUACUAGUAGUAGUUCUACAAACCACUGGUCCCUGCUGCUGCUCGCCUGAAAAUUAUUUUCAUAGAGAAUUAUUAGAGCAGCGCUGCUGACUGUUGUUGGAAACUGCUUAGUUCUGCAAGAGCGGAGGUUUGGCGCUGUGUGCUACUGUGGAUGUCAGCCGGACGCGGACGUUGCCGUACUGUUUGUGCAGUACGACUCUAUUGGCGCGAUACAGGGUGCUUUCUUGCGCCCAGGAAGCAAGAUCUGCUGGUGUGAAACGUAGCAGAAUGCACUGGCGAAGCGGCCAGGCUAGAGCGCCGCUGUCCGUGCGCCUCGCGCCGUUCACGGUGCUGCUGUUGAGUCUGCUUCUCCUUGCACCUUCGACAUGUUGGGCAGCCUUCCGACCACGCUUCAUCAGCGAACCACAGGAUAUCCUGGUCUCUCCGAACGAGCCGUUCACCGCGGUGCUCCCCUGCACACCAGCCGCACCGGGCGAUGUGCGAGGUGUGCAAUGGCAGUUCGGUGAGGCUAUUAUAGAGAGGGCUGGUGAUGGACUCGCGCCAACCAGGAGUAGGAAUCGCACCACGUGGAUGCUGCAGAUCGACGAUCGCUUGACCUCCAGCAGUCGCAGAUUGCUAGGACAGUAUUCAUGCAUCGUGGACUAUGGCAUCUACGGCAAGCUGAAAAGUCGAACGGCCCACAUCAGAACGUUCGGUGCGGAGAAUGUCCGACUCCUCGGCCCCAAGGCUGAACUGAUGGUGGCCGAGAACAACACGGCCAUACUACGCUGCACCGCCAUAUUUUCCAGCAUAUUCCGCAACAGUCGGCGCGUCACCGUGGAGACCACCUGGUUCACCGGCAUGCAGGAGACGGCGAGACCGAUACGCAGCGGCGACAGUGGCGAUAGCGGAGGUGUGAUUCGUAACGCUGUGGUGCUGCCGUCGGGAAACCUCCAGUUCCCGCACGUGAAGCUGUCGGACUCGGGACACUACUUCUGCAACGCCAAGGUCACGUUCGACGGCAAGUCAUUUGCGUCGGCGUCGAAGACGGCGCAGCUCGUCGUGGAACGCACGAUGAAGAACGUCAGCUGUCGGCCGCAGCCGCAGGACGGUGACUGCACGAACAGUGAUUUGUACUACUACAAUUCUCUGACGUUCCGCUGCCAGAAGUACUUGCCGCUGCAGUGCAAGCCGGACGGUUCCCACAACUACUUCCGUGACAUCCACUCGUGCGAGGCAGCCUGCAUGACCGCGCGCUCGCUGCACCAGGUCAACGUCUACACGGAGCAACGGACGGUGGUCAGCUUCGUCGGCAAGGACGUCACGCUGGAGUGCUUCGCGACGGGUCUGCCGCGGCCGCGCAUCGGCUGGCGCAAGGACGGGAGCGUGUCCGGCGUCCCCCGGCCGGUGAACGGUAACCUGGUGCUGGAGCGUGUGCGCACCACAUCCAGCGGUGUGUAUACGUGCAACGCGCAGAACCAGUUCCAGCGCGAGGUCAAGACGGUUAACAUGAUCGUGGUCAACCCGCUCACCGCCUCCUUUCGCCUGACGGAGACCGAGCUGACGAUCACGCGCUACCAGUGGCGCUCCGUUACCUGCUCCGCUAACGACUUCCUCGACGCCAGCAUUCGCAGGUUUGCGCCCACGUGCCAGUUUGAAUGGUUGCUUGGCGGCAGGCCGGCCCCGUACCGCAUAAUCGACAGCAGCCCGUUUCACAGCCAGCUGAACGUCACCGGCGAGCACUUUGGUGUUCUUCAGUGCCGCGUAACAAGGCAGUCAACCGAGGAACACCACCAGGGAGCCAUUUUUAUUAAUCCUAAGCCACCCACGCCGAGGGAUCUGGUUGUCAAGGACACCAGACACAACAGCACCGUCAUCCACUGGCACUUGGACGCGACGCGACCGCGAGUGCCGCUCACCACCAUCGAGGUGGUGUGGCACAAGAACGACAACGCGCGGCCCACCAACCACAACAGAUACCUGUCGCGCGACAAGCGCAGCGUGCAGCUGAGCGCCCUGGAGCAGGACACCGUGUACGUGGUGGAGAUGCGCACCAUCAACCGGUACGGGCGCGGCACCAAGGUGACCAAGAUGAUCCGCACCAUCCGCAUCAAGCCCAACCACCCGCGCAACGUCACCGUCAGCGUGGUCAACGGAACCUCGGCGCUGGUCUCCUGGAAGCUGCCCACACGGACAAGCCCGCCGGUGACCAUACACGGGCAUAUCGUACGCUACCUGGCCGCCACCGGGGCAGGCUCGCAGCGGCAGCCGUGGCAGCACGUGAACGUGCCGCUCUCGGCCGGUCUCAGUCGCCUGGUGAGCGGACUGAGCCCGUUCACGCGCUACACGUUCGUCGUGCACGCCUACACGGUGUCACGCGAUUACAAGGGCAGCGGGUCGGCGGCGUACAACGCCACCACCGCCUGGAGCAACCUGUUCACCAGCGCUAUCAACUCCACCACCGUCAGGCUGGCGUGGAGCUCUCUACCGCGCAGCUUUAACGCCACCGCCAUCUCCAUUUACCAACAACGUGUUUCCGCGGAUUCGCCAGCGUCGGAAACCGUGGCGACCGGGAGUGGCCCGAUGACGAAAAUCGCCACGCUGAGCACGUCCAGCACGCUGCACUUGGCCACGGGGCUGUCGCCGCUGACAACGUACCGCUUCAUGGCGGCGGUGGACAGCCGUGCCGUCGGCAUACUCAACACCACCCAGUCACAUGACGUCACCACGGCACGGCAGUCCCCGGCGCCGAUCCGUUUCCUUGCCAACCCGGCGUCGUCGCGCAGCAUCCAGCUGACGUGGGAGUUUCCCGACGACGCCGACCCGCGCCUGGGUCCCAUCACUCGCGUCGAGUAUCAGAUCAUUGGCGAUCAAGUGUUGCCAUGGGCAUCCGUACCUUACAGCAGUCACAAGUGGGGCCGUCUUGUCCGCCAUCUGGCCGUCGAGCACGACUACAUCUUCCUGGUGCGCUGCGUGACGGCGCGCGGCGGCUACGGGCCCGCACGAACGGCCAUGGCCUCGACGGAGCGAUUCUGCAAGCCGCCCAUUCACUUCAAAGAGGAGCACGUGACGGACCGGAGCUUGCGUAUCCGCUGGUUCCAUAGCUCGCUGGGCGACUACUGCGUGCCGCAGAACUUCAACGUUCGCCUCUAUCACAACCCGCCGCUGCCGGGCGUCGAGAACCGGCCGAUACGCGAGCUGCAGAUUUCCGGCAAGGAGGAGAUGGUGGAGUUCGACGACCUGAUCCAGGGUUACCACUAUCUGCUGCAGGUGGAGGCGACGGCCACCACCGAGACGCAGACGUACGUGAGCACCACGGGAAACAUGACGUUCUACAUGCGCGUCCGCACGCCCACGCCUCCCCCGCAGCACGUCAGCGUGCGCUACGCCAGCAACCGUACCACUACGUCGGCGGCAGCGGGGGCGGGAAGGAGAGUGCCGGAGAUCCGCUGGUGGCUGCCUGUGCCGUCGCCGAUCUACUCACCGUUCAUGGUUAAGCUGCGAUUCAUGACGGCCUCGAACCCGGAUGUCGUGUUCCGCGUCAGCACGUUCAACGUGUCGAAGCUGCUCGGGCGACGUCACUUCCGCUACUCGCCGAAAGGCUUGCCCAACGAUGGCGUUCUGUUCGAUAUGAGAAUUUUGUACGCAAAGCAGGCACAUGAUGUUGUGUCGCUGGCUGACGGAGAACGAGGCCAAUCUCUGGUGGAUCGUCCGCUCAGCUCCAUCGCCAGCGGAAUACGCACGGGUCGGCGUCGGCGACGACGAGACAUGACCAUCAACGAACUGCUCGUGUACAGCGAGUACACGGACGCCAUUCUGCUGCACACGCCGUACGGUGCGUGCUGCGACAACGCCGCCAGCCACGCCGACGCCAAUCAGCUGGUGUCGGCUCCGCUUCACGUCAUGGCGCAGACGGACAACUCCCCGAGCGGUGCUGGCGGUGGCGGCUCUGUCCUGGUGUCGUGGCACGCACCGCGACGUCAGCACGACCUCAUCACCGGCUACGUGAUCUACACGUGGCUGCCGGAGGACGACACGGGAGCGCGGCCCAUGCGUAGCACCAUGGUAACGGGGAGGAAUACGCGCUCCGCGUCGCUUACCGCCACGGUCGGCAAAGUGCACGCAUACCGUGUCACUGCCGUCGGGCAGCUUGGCGAGAGCGCCAUGAGUCAUCGUGCGUUCGCUAUGCUUGCCAGUCGCCGGCAGCAACCACCUACACCGCCACCGCUCGUACCAGAGGAAACCCACACCGCUGUUGACACACCAGACAGCGGCGACUCCACUGGAUCGGCGGGCAAUUCUGCUGUCGUCGCGGGUCUAGUGACUUGCUUCGUUGUGCUGCUGGUGUUUGUCCUGUUUGCAGUUAUCGCUCUGAUGUAUCGCCGGCGUAAGCAAAUCGAACGUUACGACGUCGACGGUGCUCGCAAUGCGACCAGCAGAGGUGCUGCUGGUGGGCAAAAAGACGAGCCCGCCAUGGCGCCGACUCCGGUGAUGUGGCCGGACACGCCGGUGCCGCCCUACACGCCCACUCCCAACACCAGAGAGCGAGUGGUCGCCGUCGACAACGGCGCCGCACACGCCGCCGCCGUUGCCCACGCCGCUCGCGGUACCUUGCACGCGCCGGUGCACGCCACGCGCAGCGGAGGCUCCAGCAGUGGUGUGUUCAGCGACGGCGGUGACAGCAGCUCCGACUCGGAUGCGGAGCACCGUGCACUGGACCGUAACCCGCGGCGAUCCCGCAGCAACAGUCUUCCUGCAAUAGAGGCUAUGACUAUUCAUCUUCCGCCCCAUUACGAUACGUGCGUUGUUCCGAUUUCUGCAAGACAGCACAAGGUUGAGGCUGAGAAGCCGGACAAAACAACUGUUCGCCGCAGCAGCUCCCUGAACAACACUAACAGCAUAGGCAAGCCACUCGUCAGUAAACGGCAACGAUCUCGUCCGCCGUCACCGCCACAAGGCCCUCCCACGCCGCCUCCGCCACCGCCGCCAUCGUUGGCAGAUACACCAGCGGCGUCACCACCAGUGGUGAGCAAGGUGCAGUCGCCGUCCCCAGCAAAACCAACUCCGGCUGCCCCUAAGCUGCCAGCCACUACACCAAGCGCACCAUACCCGAUGGGCGCAUUGCCUCUAUCUCUUGCGGACUGUCGCUCGACGGCUAGCAACGCAAACUCGGGCCACAAUACGCCCACCACUUCCGGCACCCCUGUCCCUCUGGGUAGAGCAACACCCACUCUGCAGCUACCCGUGACGGCGGCAGACACGGGCCGCAAGAUGCUCAGUAGAUGCGCCAGCGAUGACCCGUCCAGUAUGACCAGUAGGCAGCCGCCGUCGCUGAAGACAUCCACCAUGCCCCGCUUCAAGGCGCCUACGAUGGCUGUGGACAAUGACGCAACCGGCGCGGCCUACUCCGAGACCUCUCUCCUGACGGGGAUCACGCAUAUAGGAGUGAAAAAGCAAGCGGAACGGGAUUACGAUGAACCGGAGCCGUUCAAGGGGGUGCGCAGUCGCUCAGCCUCGGUCGGUGCCAAUACGCACAACUUGACACAGAACCACUACGCCUCGGUGCACCUGACAGCCGGCGGGGUGGUCGUGGAGGAAGACGCCAGCCUAGCCACCACCACCACGCCCGCAAAGCAGAAUAGCACCACGGUCGGCGAUGCGUUCAUCGAGGAAGACGACGAGGACAUUCUCGGGCCCGGACCAGGCUAUACCUGCCCGGACAGCCUUGUAGCGGCGGACAAGAAGGCUGCUGCACUGGAGGCUGCACGGUCCAUACCGGACCACUACCAGAACAGGCCGUUGACACGCGACCAACACGUCUACAGCGAGGUCAACCCCGACACGCGCCGCAAGAACAGCGUCAGCCACUACGCCGCAGUGGAGCUCAAGAUGGCCGACAGCAACGGCGGCAGCAGCGGCUCCCAGCCGGCACGAACCAGCCCGACCCCGCCGAGCGCGGAGAUCACGCAGUACGCAACCGUCAUGGCCAAGCCACCACUGCUAUAACAAGCGACCGAUAACGACACCCAGUCGCCUAGUCAGUGCAGCCUCUUGCUUUCAGUGGAAAGCAGGGAGUAGUAAAAUACCGGUGUUUUACCACUCCCUGCUAAACGUCUACCAGUGGCCGCCAGCAGGUCACUCAACAGGACGCAUGCGUGCACAGCGUUUCAAUUAUUUCCAACGUCUUUGGCCUAUUCUUGCUCCUUGAUAUUAGUUGAGUUUGAGACUCGCACGACCCGUAAUUGAGUCGCAUGUGUUGUAAUAUUUCGUAAUUAAGAGGAUAGCUUGAUGAUGCCUGCAUGCGUGCGUAUCAGUGAGUACGGAGACUACAUUCGCCAUUCUGCUCUUCAUGGCAACCUGUUGAGCUUGUUUACCGCACGCUAGCUACCACGUCAGUGAACUAAGGUUUAAUAGCGUAAUGUUGAGGAUAAUGUGCAACGUCCGCUUUCGUCAAAAUCCGCUUUAGCUCCCUCGCUCACCAAUUCGUAACAACCUAAUGAACAAGCGUUCUAUGCUGUGAAUCAUCUUUGUUGAUUGCACUCACCUGCAUCUUGAUAAUUGGAUCCCGGUAUUAUUAUUAUUCAAGGUUCAUGCUAGCAAUUUUCAAUGCUGAUUAUGCAAUGAUUAUGUAAGUCAAUUCUAAAAGAGAUUCCGUUUUCAAUUGG